GUGGAUUGGCUAAGUUGUAUAACCCUCAUUUAUAUCUUUAACCAGUAAUGUUAGCGGAAUGCUAUUUUAAUGAAGUAUCGAUACUAAAAAUAUGCAAAAUGAUAUAGUUUUGUAUAUACAGUGGGUACGGAAAGUAUUCAGACCUCUUUAAAAUGUUCCCUCUUUGUUUCUUGCAGCCAUUUGCUAAAAUCCAAAAAGGUCAUUUUAUUUCUCAUUUAUGUUCACACAGCUCCCCAUCUGGAAAAAACCCCCAGAAAUGUAGACAUUUUUGAAAAUUAAUUAAAAAAGAAAAACUGAAAUAUCCCAUGGUCAUAAGUAUUCAGACCCUUUGCUGUGACACUCAUAUUUAACUCAUGUCCAUUUCUUCUGAUCCUCCUUGAGAUGUUCUGCUCCUUCAUUGGAGAUAGAUAGAUAGAUAAAUACUUUAUUAAUCCCCAAGGGGAAAUUUGUCGUAGCAGUAGCAGCACCAAUAAACUAAACACACGAGAAUAAAAAAUAAAAUAUAAAAUAUAAAAAACAGAGAUGAAAGAUAGAGAUAUAUACAAGAAGUAUACAAAGUAAAAUAUAAAAUAAAAUAUAUAUGUAUAUAUACAACAUAUAUGCAUACACAAUACAAUACUAAUGACUAAAAUUAAAUUAAACAUAAAAAUAUUAAAUAUUAAAUAUAGACAGUGUGGAGUCCAGCUGUGCUUAAAUAAACUGAUUGGACUUGAUGGGGAACACACCUGUCUAUAUGAGACCUGACAGCUCACAGUGCACGUCAGAGCCAAUGAGAAUCAUGAGGUCGAAGGAACUGCCCAAGGAGCUCAGAGACAGAGUUGUGUUAAGGCACAGAUCUGGCCAAGGUUACACAAUAAUUUCUGCAUCCUUCAAGGUUCCGAAGAGCACCGUGUUCUCCAUAAUCCUUAAAUGGAAGAAGUUUGGGAGGACCAGAACUCUUCCUAGACCUGGCCGUCCAGCCAAACUGAGAAACGACGCUAAAAUCCAAAAAAUGGGGAGCUGAGUGAACAUGAAUGAGAAGUAAAAUGAACUUUUUGGAUCUGAGCAAAUGGCUGCAAUGAAACAAAGAGUGAAACAUGUAAAGGGGUCUGAGUACUUUCCGUAACACUAUAAAUACACAUGAAGAGGUUCUGGCUUUACUUCCUGUGGCUCAUGUCGGCAGCAGUGAGUCCUUUCUUUGAGUGACGAAGUCCAAUCGUGUUUCCACUUCCACAGCUGAGUCUCCCCGAAGAGCUCCGGCGCGCUGGAGGUGAAUCGUCGACGGCUGCGUUGAACAUCGAAAGCACCGGAGCGGGUCGAGAUGGAUUUCCUAGUGGAGGCGACGGUGCUCUUGGACGUUUUCCCCGACCAGGCGGCGGUGCACGACGUCCUGCGGUCGCACGGCUUUGCGUUGACGGAUCUGGGCGGCGGCCAGGUGCGCGUCAAGGGGUUCUUCCGGGACCUGAAGGCCGCAAAGGCGUCUCUGGAGCCGCUCCUCGCCGCACGAACCGCCUCGCCGGUCCCGGUGGCUUCCUCCGGAGCUGCUUUCAAACUCCCCGGCGGCGGCGGCGCCGUCACGGGCCGCGGCAGAGGCCGAGACCGACCUCGGUCCUCGCCCAACCACGCCUCCCCCCCUCCGCCUUCCCCCAACAGACACCUGUCCUCGGUCUCUCCACCGGGCCGGCGCGGCCCCUCCGGGCCCGGGAGGGAGUCCUUUGUCGUCGACGCGGACGUGCUGAGGUACGCGGAGCAGCUCCGGGCGAAGGACCUCAGCGGCAUCCUGCUCGGCCACGGCGUGGAAAUGGAGCCGCCGCGGGAAGACGCCGACGGCUGCGAGAGCCGCGUCGUCGUCUUGCUGGGGAAGAGCGCCAGAGCGGCCGCCGCGAAGCUGCAGAGCCUCCUGGAGGACCUCGGCAAGUCGCUGCGCACGCAGGAGGUUCCUCUGAGGGACAUGGACCGCGACGGCCACGCCCUCUGGAGGAGGAUCCGGAGCGAGAGAGGCGUCCACCAGGCCGUGGUGGUGAGGCCGACGGCCGACAAGCUCCACCUGAUCGGGCCGCCGGCGGCGAGCUACGAGCUGAAGCAGAGGCUGCUGGGAGGCUCGGGCGGACGUACGGGGAGGACGUCGGAGAAGAACUCCAAGAGGAGGAGCGCCUCUCUGCCGCCGAUCAGGCGCGGCGCCACCGCCGAGCCGUCUCCUCCCAGGCCGCCUCGCGGCGGGUCGCCACCUGGUUUUGGUCAAGGACGGGCUUCGAGGGGAAGAAGCCCGUCCGAGUCCCGUAAAAACAUCCGGGUCGUAAGCGCUUGCGUGCAAGAGACGCCGCCGUCUCACAAGAAAGCCCUCCUGAAUUUUGUGAACGAUAGGAAAACCGACAUCAAGAAAAAGAUGUCAUCUUUAAAAAAGAGAAAAUGAGCGUUGAAGUUGUGCUCCCGAAGGACGAGGCGGCACUGGACGCAGUCACGGGGUUCUGGACCGCGGAGCCCGGUACCAGACUCUGGAAGACAAGAGCGAUAUAUUUAAGGGUUGAUGGAAAGGUUUUAUUUUUUGGGGAGUUUGUGGUUUAUUGCUCCUUUGCUAAAGAGGCAGAAGAGAGAACAUUGUAAGAACUUAGGUCAAAGCACAACGACUGGAUCAGGGGGGGCGGGGCUUACACCAAAAUAAGCACAUUCUGUUUAAAAUGUGAAGUGUUCAGUCAGAGUGGUGUGAUGCGGUGUAAUAUACUAAUAUAGACUCUACUUGUUAUUCUAACGAUACCCCGCGCACACCUUCACACGACACAUCGCAGACGGUUACUUGAAGCCUCUGACGUCUCGUGCGGUUGCGUUGUCGUGUUGCGUGUAUGCCGGUUGCUGGGUUAUAAAUGUUGGUGAUCAACCAAACGGCUGAAUGUAAACUGGAAACAGCUGAAGGAUAAACAUGGAAAUGAAUUAAAACAAAUGAGCGUGAGCAGUGGAGAUGA